AUGUCCAAGGUGGACGGCGCGGUGGCACAAGGCAUGGAUGAGACCGCCGUGGAUGAGCUCCGAAACCUCUUGGUUGAGUUCCAAGAUGUGUUUCGGUUGAAGUUUGGUCGAGACCCGCCGGUGAAGGUGGCGCCGCUGAAGGUGCACCUGAAGCCUGGUGCGGUUCCCGUGAAGUCUGGACUCCGCCGGUACCCUCCUACGCACCUGACAUUCCAGGAGAAGCAUGUGCGGGAGUUGGAAUCGGCUGGUCUCGUGUAUCGGAACACAAGGUCCCGAUGGGCCGCCUUGGCCCAUGCCUAA